GAAUCAUAUCAACCCACAAGAAACACCACUAGCUUUUUUUCUCUCUCUUUAAAACACAACCUUUGAACUGUUUUCCUUAUUUUCUUCGCCGAAUCCUUGUUUCGGAUUAGAGAAGAAAACACAGACAAAGAAUGUCGUCGCCGGGUUUCACUGGCGGUGGUGGAGCGUCAGAGUUUUUCGCCGGAGCAGGUGGUCUCUCCGGCAGAUCCAUUGCGGCGGCGGCAACCAUGAACAACCCCAUCACCAACCCAUCCGCCACCAACAACAACCACCUUAACCCUUCACACCACACUUUCUACCGAACCCAGCAACAACUCCCCGCAAUGUUUCUAGAUCCUUCUUCUCAGAUCGCUCAGCGCCAAGCAUCAUCCCUCAUCGGUAAACGCACCCUCGCUGAAUUCCAAACCCACCAGAACCACAACCACAACCACAACCACAACCUUAACAGUAACAAUAACCUUAAUCUUCACCAGAACCAGAUUCUUUCAAACCUUCUACUUCGUUCUGUGAAACCAAGAACAACUUUUCAGCAUGGUUCUCCCUUGUCUCCUAUGUCACCCAUGGAUUUUUCCAUCUCUGAAUUGCAAAACCCUUCUUCGGGUUUCCAAACGCAGCGUUUUGGUGUGCCCCUUCUUCACCAGCUUCGUCCUCAACCCAUUAACCUACCCAACAAUACUAACAACAACGGGACCUUACCCAUGACAAACACGAUCCUCCAAAACCCGAACUUUCCUUACCGGAGCUCCAAUUUGGGUUUGGUGCAGAACCGGGUUCAGAACUCUGAACCGGAGAAGAAGAUCAUGGAGAACCGGUUACAGGAGUUAGAGAAACAGCUUCUUGAAGAUAACGACGAAGAAGGAGAAGCUGAUGCAGCCUCUGUGAUCACAACAAGCGAGUGGUCAGAGACAUAUCAGAACCUGAUCAGCCCGGGUCCGACCCAGAAACCCGCUUCGUCAUCACCCACUUCGUCGACGACGUCGUCGACAUCUUCUUCUACCUCCGUGGCUUCCCCUGCUUCUGGGUGCUCCAAGCAGAGUUUAAUGGAGGCAGCAUCUUCAAUUUCCGAAGGGAAACACGAUGCCGCGUCGGAGAUUCUUGCCCGUUUGGUUCAGGCUCCGAACCCGAGCCCAAACCCGAGCCCGAAUGCGAAUUCGGAUCAGCGUUUAACUGAUUGCAUGGUUUCUGCUCUGAAAUCAAGAAUGAACCCGGUUGAAAACCCACCACCUGUUGGGGAGCUCUAUAGUAGGGAACACGCUGAGUCGACUCAGUUGCUGCUUGAAAACUCGGUGUGCUUCAAGGUUGGUUUCAUGGCUGCGAAUCUCGCGAUUCUCGAAGCUGCAUUUGAGGAGAAAACAGAGAACGGGAACGGUUUCUGUGUUGUGGAUUUUGAUAUUGGACAGGGGAAGCAGUACGUGAACCUCCUGAGUCUUCUUUCGGCGCGUGCGCAGGCGGCGCCGGCGGUGAAGAUUGUUGCUGUGGCGGAGAACGGCGGCGAGGAGAAGGUGAGGGCUGUGGGGGAGAUGCUGAGUCGACAAGCGGAGAGGUUAAGGAUCAGGUUCGAGUUCAGGAUGGUUUCGGUGACUCAGAAACUCGCUGAGUUGACUCGCGAGUCGCUGGGUUGUGACCCGGACGAGCCACUAAUGGUGAACUUCGCGUUUAAGUUGAAUCGGAUUCCCGACGAGAGCGUUUCCACGGAGAACCCGCGUGACGAGCUUUUGAGGCGCGUGAAGAAGCUCGCGCCGCGCGUGGUGAUAUUGCUGGAGCAAGAGAUGAACGCCAACACGGCGCCGUUUUUGGCUCGCGUGGCCGAGUCGUGGUCCUACUACAGCUCUUUAUUUGACUCAAUUGAGUCUGUGAUGGGGAGGGACAACUCGGACCGAGUCAGAGUGGAGGAGGGGCUGAGUCGGAAGCUAUGCAACUCGGUGGCUUGUGAAGGGAGGGAUCGCUUGGAACGAUGCGAAGUUUUCGGGAAAUGGCGCGCGCGUAUGAGCAUGGCUGGGUUCCAGUUGAAACCACUGAGUCAAAGCGUGGCCGAGUCAAUAAAAUCGCUGGGUAACAACAACCGAGUCAACCCGGGACUCACUGUGAAAGAAGAGAACGGUGGGAUUUGCUUUGGUUGGAUGGGAAGAACACUCACCGUCGCUUCUGCUUGGCGUUAACUUCGCUCACUUUUUCUCUUUUUUAUUUUUAUUUUUUUUUAUUUGGUUCUGAAUAUCAUAUGUCACAUUGUUACUAUAUUUGAACGUUAUCUAGAGAUAAUGGAAAGGCAAAGAGAAUAGAUUUGGAAAAUUUACAUAUCAUCCGAACAUGGUUGGAAAAAAAUAUAUAUCAAACCCA